UGCCAAACAAAUCAAAAGCCGGCAAAGUUGUGCAAAAACUAACAAAACGAAUUUGAGAGUCUUUUCGCGGAUUAAAAUAUGUAAAGAACAAUGCGCGGCAUUCGCAAGUGUGUGCACUGUGGCGCCAUCAACGGAAACCGGGCUCUGAUCUGCAAGAACUCCGCCUGUCCGCAGCGCCGGAACGUACUGGACGCCGUGCAGCUGGUGUCGCUGCGGCCAGGCUCCACUGUAUACUCGCUGCGCACCAAGGAGAAGGAGCAGCAGCCGCGCAACUUUGUGGUCAUACAGGACGUCACCCUGUCGCUGCAGCCGGAUGCUGCAGUGGUGUCCAGCAAGGCCGAGUGCUUCGUGGAGUCGUGCAAGAAAACGGGAGGCCAGCCGGCGGACUGCGUCCAUGUGAAGGCUUGCCGGGAGCUGGGCACCGAGUUCGCCAAGGCGCAGGUGUACCGCGUGUCCCGCGAGGUGCUGUGGAACCUGAACAUCAGCCUGGAGCAGAAGCAGAACCUCUGGCAGCUGUACAAGUACGCCGAGGAGGAGGAGCACCUGCCUGGCGUGCAGCGCCUGAAUCACUCCACAUUCGCCGUCAAGUGCGAGCGCUCCGAAUCCUUUCCAGCUGCUCGACUGCACGUCACCGUCUUGGCCAAUGGCUUGUCCAAGAAGAAGAGCAGCUACGCCUGCGCGUGCCGCAAGCUGAAGAUCAUAGUGGAGCCGGAUAAUUCGCUGGUGAUGCAGGACGAGAUCUGCGAUCAUCUGCUGCUCGUGCUGGCUGGGAUCCUCAGUUCGCCGCAGGGAAAGCGAGUCUAUGGCCACUUUACCAGUGGCUUGCAGAACUUCUGGAUGCCCUCGCAGCUGGAAACUCCGCUGGGCGAUGUGGCCCCCGGGGAUUUGAGGCUCAGCUUGGACAUGGUGGAUGAGUUCGACCCGCAGGUGGACAUACUCGUGUUCGGCGAUCAACUAGAUCUUCCCUUGCCGGAUCUCUCCGAUGGCGUCUUUAACCUGGACAACAUGCAGGCCGCCACUUCUAGUCACAGCACCUCGAGCACCAACGAUGCCUUGAUCCACUAUGCCAACGACUCGCAGCUCCUGUCCAAUUGCGAUGUUUAUGCGGAGCCCAUUGAGCUGACCGACUGCAAUAUUGAGCUGAUGGAUCAGUAUCAGCCCACCGAUCAGCUGGAUAUAUGCAGCGAGGACAUAGAACUGCCCUUGAUUAGUGAACCCUACAAUAUCCUGGCUGCUCCGCCCAUUUUCACCGAGGCCACGCCCUCGGUAGUCGCCGAUCAGUUGCCCAUUGAACUGGCCACCAUAUCGGUGGUCAAGAAGACACCGGUCAAGUUCUCGGAAAUAGUGACUGAGGUGAAGUCUCUGAAGCAGCCCCCUCUGCCGGCCAAAAGGGAUUUAAUAGUGAAUAACGCGGCAUCCGCGGCAUCCGUUUGCUUAGACGCUUCCGUUCAGCCGGCUUUGUCCUACUCGGCAUGGCUGGAUCACGUGAUCGAGCUGCUAAACGAGAGUUGCGAGCCAUUGGACGACACUCCAAGCGGUACGCUCACCAAGCGCUCGGUGCACCAAAACUUCCACGUGCACAAGGAAACCUUUUCGCACUUUUGCAAGAGCUUCAGCACUGGAAUCAAACGACGGCCCGUGGACAAGUUAACUGUGAUAGAAUCGGGCAAACAUAAAGGCCUCAGCAAGUACACCUGGCACUUUGCGAGUCCGCACACCGCGAAGCGCAUCUUCAGCACUUCCAACAUACAGCUGCAGUUGGAUUGCGCCUUCGAGCGGCAUGCAGAGGGCCAUUUCGUGCCCUACGUGCGUCCUCCCAUGGAGCCACAGCUGCCGGGUCAGCCGAAGAAGCGUGUAGUCUACCCAAGACUCCGCCUUUACAUGGUUAAGAUAGUCUUCGAAGCGGCUCCCAAGGACUUAGUCGGGAAUGGAGUCCUGCUGACCUGGACCCCGGAAGUUUUGCCACGCAGCCACUUGGGGUUGAUGCGCGUGGAGUUCACCGUGGAGACACGAUCGCCCAGCUAGGAUGAAGCAUUUGUUACCAUUGCCGGUGUCAGUAUGAGAAAUUUACAAGCCCUUCUAGCGUAUAAGUAGUCUUAGCCUAAGUCGGGUCUAGUGCCUAAGAAACAUAAUCUCACAAAAUUGGUCAUUAGUUGGUUGGUUAAUAUGUAGAGCCGCCUAUUUGGUAUCAGCUGACAAAUGAUUGGAUUGAUACGAUCAGAUUGAAGGGUGCUCCCUCCCACCCGAAUCAAGUCCGCAUCUACGGGGUCUGCAUCCUCAAGUAGUCUGACUACAUGCGAUUGGGUGGACACGGUAUGCGUCUUGGGGGAAACUGAAGGACCUUUGACAUUCGUUCAUUUACAUAAUCAGUAUACAUGCUUAUUCAAGUUAAAGUGUACAAAAAACCAGUCUUUAAAACAUGUUUGUUUAUCGUUUCUUAUGUUCUUCUUCUUUUCCACUAAUACUUUACAUAUAAAAUGUAAAAAUAUUCACUAAAUUACUUUACUGGCGCUCUACUCGCUGUGUGGGGAGAUAUACUUGCUAUCUGCCCGAU